GUAUGUUGAGGAGGUAUUGGAAGCCCUCGUUUUCACCAGCACUGUGAGGCUGUAUAUCUUUACAGAUAAAUAAGGCAACGGCUGCGCUUAUUGCCUGUGAUCGAGCUGAGUCGGUAGCCAGCGGCAUGAAAGAAAGUGGCGAUACGUUUCUCAGUGUGCUCGGCAGGUGUACUGGUAGAGCUCGCCACUGUAGCCACACCUGAAUCUGAGGAGGAGGCAGACGUCUCAGCGCGUCGCCUCUUCAGGUGCGUCCCUAAAUCAGCUGUACUUUAUGGCAGCGCGACGUAUUUUAUUUUAUCCACUUUCCCGUCUUUCUAUGGAAAUCCAAAGUGUUGCCAAACCUUGGAUUCAUUGCAAGUUUUCGGGACGUCUACCUCUCCAUCCGCCAUGGUAACGCUCUCCCACGCGCUCUCCUCCAACUCCAGACUUCACGAGAAUCGCCCACUGACAGCAGAGGAGACGAGCGCGCUUAGAAACAGAGAGGAGGCGUCUAUCCAAGUAUGAAACGAUUGGUCACAAAUCAUUGGACGCAUUUCUAAAUAUUAAAUGGUGUUCGCCUCCACACGAUUCUGUAUAAAUACAUCGGAUUAUACCGAUGCAAAAAUGUUAGAAACGAUGCACCGCGAUUCAUCCCACAAGGUAUCCGGUGCACACUUUGUUGAUCCGGGCCGACGCAUCGUGAGCUUUUACGCCGACGCAUCGAUGCGAACCGGUGAAUCUCCCCAUCCCCACUCCAGAGAUUCAAACCCCCUCCUGCGUGAUGCGUCUCUACGGAGGUUCCUUUAAUGCAGCGUCGCUCCUUCAGGGACGGGGGCGAGCGCCCAGGACCUGAUGGAGGACGAGGAGACGGAGGCCGCGGACGAAGACGAGGACGACGAGGCGGAAGUGGAGGACGAUGAGAACGUGGAGCUGACGGAAGAAAAAGAGGAAGAGGAGGAGGCGUCGGUCGGAGAGGUGAAGGCGUCCCCCAACGCAGACACCACCAUCCUCUUCGUCAAAGGAGACGACUUCCCUGCCAACGAAAUCGUGAAGUUCCUGCUCGGUUUCUCCAACAAAGGACCGGAGAACUUCGUGGUGGAGUCUCUGGACGCCUCCUUCCGUUACCCACAG